AUGACUGAAGAAAGCUUCGACCCCAAGAUCCACCUCACCUACACCCCACCCACAACCAAAUACACCUUCGACGACCUCUCCCUCGCCCAAUUCCCCACCGCAACCCCCAUCGCUGCCAGCACGCCCUUCCCCUUCCUCACUCCCGCCGGAAUACUCGCCUACCGAAAGGCUCUCACCUCACCCGCCAUCGCCCACCACUGCGCCCACAGCCCAUACAAAAACACCCUCGUUUUGCGCAAUGUGGCCAAAUACUCCUCCUUCAUCCACGACCUAUGGACACAUCCAGAAACCCUGAGAAUCAUCGCAGAUGUCGCCGGUGUCCCGCUCGUCCCUAUCAUGAAAUAUGAGAUCGGACAUACGAAUAUCCAAGCCAACGGGACUUCCGUGGAGGAGAUGCUGUCAGAGUUAACGGCCGAGCCAGCGACAUCUACGGUUGAAGUCACUGAGGCAGAGAAAUCGCAGGAUCCGGUGAGUGGGAGGUCGGUUAUUCCAUGGCACUACGACUCCUACCCCUACGUCCUGAUCGUCAUGCUCAGCCAUACAACCGGGAUGUACGGAGGGGAAACCUGCCUCCGGACAGGCGAUGGUAGUGCACUCAAAAUCAUCACCCCCCCCAUCGGCCACGCCAUAUUCCUUCAAGGCGGCGAAAUCCAACACCUCGCGUCCCGAGCCAUCGGCACCACCGAACGCAUCACAACAAUCACCUCCCUGCGCGCUACCACCCCGGGUCUAUAUGAUAAUAGUUAUUUGACGAAUGUGCGUCCGGAAUCGGAUCUCGGGGUGCUGUAUCGCGAGUGGGUGCGGUAUCGGGUCGCGAAGGUGGUGGAGGAGAUGGGGUAUUUUGAGGGUAUGUUGGAGGGGGGAGAUGAGAAGGUGGAUGUCGAGACUGUGCAUAGGGUGCUUGAGACUCAGAUUGGGUAUCUUCGACGGACGGUGGAUCAGGUUGUUUCGUAUGAGUUGCAUGAUGCUGUUAUUGGGAAGUAUGGGGUACAUGCUUACUAUGCAGCGGAGGAGUACUGGGAACAGGUGCAGAAGUGUGCAGGGUUCGGGGAAUUGGUACGGAUGAGUGAGGAGAAAAGGGAGUUUCGACCUGGGUCGCGGUUGUGGGCGGAUUUGUAUGCUUCGCGGAUGAUGGUGGAGAAUGGUGGGGUGUUGAGGGGGCAGGUUGGGGUGGUCAAGUGGGAUAACGAGAGGGACUAUGUGAUGGGAGAUGAGUUGUUGAGGCAGGGCUUGAGGGAGGUGUUUUGGGAGUGGGUGGGGGUUGUAGGGUUGGAUGAGUUGCUGGAGGUGAGUGACCUCAGUGAGCUAUAG